AUGGCAACAUUGGAGUCAUGCCUAGCUUUAGCUUCGAGACAAUAUCUCGUUGAGGGACAAAUUGUAGCCAUGGUGGCUUCAUCAACUGAUACAGCGUUCACCAGAAGAAUUGUGACACUACAAAAGCAGCGAAAUUUACAGCAACGUCUAUGCUUGGGCCUGUUGAACUCAUUUUCGAUGGGAAUAAGCCAGGUUAAAGGGCCCCAUGAACAACUAAAACCAGCAGCGUAG